UACAGUGUUGUAAAAAUACUGGGAUUGCAAUUAAACAAAUAGUUAAUUUCUGGAAAAAUCACAUCUAAAUAUUUAAAAAAUGUUUGAAAAGAAAAGCGACAAAGCUAAACAAGCCGAUUACAAGCACCGAGAUGAUGGGGUUGAGCUGGAAAGUCAAAUUAUAAUGCGAGUGCCUAAGGAUCUGGCAGAAAUUGUGCACGAAGCCAUUCAGACUGGCAACAUUAAGGAUCGGUUAAAUAUUCAACUUGAUCAGGAUUUGCGGUACGGAGAAGUACGUCUAGAUGAUCAAUUGCUUUACGCCAAGCUGGUGGAUCUGCCCACAGUUGUGGAGAGCUACAAGACCAUAGACAACAAAAGCUUCUACAAAUCCGCAGACAUUUGCCAAAUACUCAUCUGCAAGGAGGACCCUGACGAUGAAACGGAGAAAGAGUCGCCGAACAAGAAUAAAAAGAAGGAUCCUAAUAAGGUGGACAAAAAGUAUUUGUUUCCACACGGCAUUACGCCACCCUGUAAAAAUGUACGCAAGCGGCGAUUCCGUAAAACGCUGAAGAAGAAGAAUGUUGAAGCUCCUGAGAUUGAAAAAGAGGUAAAACAUUUGCUGCGCAUCGACAAUGAAGCUGUUCGCGUGGACUACGAGAUAAUCAAUGAAGAAGACAAAGCCGGCGAUGAGUUGGAUCAGUCGGAUAUUAAGCCAUACAUCGAGGCCGAUGAUGACAUCCAGGAUGACAAUAGCACUAUGCACCAUGAGAAGACCAUCAAUGAGAGUGGCUCGCAACGGGGAGAGAUCAAUGUGGAGUCGGAUGAUGAUGAGACCAGCAAUUUCGUUCCUGCCCAUAUGGAGACCAAUAGAGGUGUGGCUGAGCAUGAUAUAUUCGGUGAAGAAGUGUCUACCACCGAUGACGAAGAUGAGCCCCAACAGCGUAAUCCAACAGCACACCAAGCUCGCCGGCACGAACUGGAGGAAUCCUCUCGUCUCUCGGCCGAUGAUUCCCGUCUCUCAGAUUUCUUUGGAACCAGCAGCAAACUGGAGCAGAAUGAGUUCAAUAAAUCAAUGUUUGGACGCGAUGCUAGCAGCCCCAAGUUAAGUGCAGCCGGCUCCAGUUCCAAUCUGGCUGCUCCCAGUGGUUUCUAUGAGCAGCACAUUACUAAACGUGAAGACUUCGAUGCCAUGGAGUUCAUGGAUGAGCCACAGCCCCAAUAUACCCAGCAACAGAUUAAUGAAAAGAUUGCCCAAUUGACUAGACAAAUCAGUGAUCUGAAGGCGCAGCAAUUGCAAAAAUCCACAGAAAUUGCAUCCAUACAGAAUGCUACACUGAAGCAGCGCAUGCAGGAGACAUUGGAUAAUCUGUAUACCCAGGUUAUAGAACGAGAACUCCAGCUUAAAGACUUUGAGAACAUGUUGGAGUCAUAGGAUCUAUAACAUUUGCAAUAAGUUAGACUUUAAGUUGAUUAAUUCUUUUCUAUUAGACUUCUUAUUAAUGAUCUUCUUAGGCAGUCGGGCAUGACCACUUUGACCCACUAGUUGCGGCUGAUUAAGUGUUAACCUUCCUCUGUAACCAGAUAUACAAAUUGUUCUUGGUCUAAAAAAUGUCGUUUGUGUUUAUUUAAUGGCAAUUGUAAUUUAUCCAAAAACAAAUUAAAGGGCAUUUCACUUUAAGGCAUAAA